CCAAAGUGACGCAGUUGUACUCGAAAAUAGUAUAAAGUUUGAAGUUAUGGAGCAUUUCUUAAAUUGGCUUUCCUUUUGUGUCAUGUUCGCCCACUUGAAUUACAUCAUGGCUUCACAUCACGGCUUUGAGGACCUGCAAUACGGCGGCUAUCAUCCGGUUGAGACACAUUCAGAGGUAUCCAAGCAUGUGCCUGUGAAAGUGAUCGAGAAGGUGCCACUCUCCAUACCGCAUCCAGUGCCCGUAGAGGUGCCCAAUGUGAUACGCAUACAAAUUCCAGAACCUUAUGCAGUGCAUGUGCCGGUCGAACAGGAAAUUGAAGUGCCCACUUAUAACAUCGUUCCCGAGAUUACCGAAAAACGUAUACCCUAUACAGUUGAGAAACCAUAUCCAGUGGAAGUGGAGCGUCCCUAUCCCGUAGAAGUAGUGAAACAAAUUAAAAUACCAGUGCCUAAACCAUAUCCGGUUCCUAUUACCAUUUACAAGCAUGUGGUGCAGAAGGAUCAUGGUUGGGAUUAG